GGGGCGGGCGCGGAGGGCAGCGAGCACACCGCCACCGCCCUCCAGCGGGGCGCCGACGGGGACGCCCGGGCAGCGGGCAGCGCGCCCUGCUUGCGCCUCUCGCCGCCCCCUCUUUGAAGGAGGGAGACCUCAGGCCCAGUGUCUUUGGGAACUCGCGGAAGGUUUGGGGACAUGUGGUGGCCCCCCUGGCUGGCCGCCUGUCUGGCGUGGGGCUGUGUGGCCGCGCUGUGCGGCUCCCGCGGGCUCUGCUUGGCCCCGAACGCCUCCCACCCCGAGCCGGGGCAGUGCCCGCGGCGCCGGGGGUCGGUGGAUCUCUGCGCCUGGGCCCUGUCCUCCGACAGCCUCCUAGAUCCUUUUCCAGUUGAUGUGAUCCAGGAAAAUUAUGUCCGUAAUGUGAGAAACUGCAUUUUUUCAAUUGUUUAUCCUACACCUUUUAAAUCUAGAGUUCAUCUUGUAGCUGUUUCAAAGGAAGUUCUUGAAAAUAUUUUGGAUCUUGAUAUAUCUGUCAAAGGAACAUCUGAUUUUCUUGAGUUCGUCAGUGGUGGGAAAGUGAUACUUGGGUCUGUUCCAUUGGCCCAUAGAUAUGGGGGUCACCAGUUUGGUACCUGGGCAGGUCAGCUGGGGGAUGGAAGAGCCCACUUGGUUGGAGUAUAUACAAACAGGCAUGGUGAGAGGUGGGAACUGCAGUUGAAAGGGUCAGGAAAGACCCCAUACUCCAGGAAUGGGGAUGGAAGAGCUGUGCUUCGCUCUUCUGUUAGAGAGUUUUUAUGUAGUGAGGCCAUGCACUAUCUUGGAAUUCCUACAAGCAGAGCUGCUAGCUUAGUUGUAAGUGAUGAUGAUGUGUGGAGAGACCAGUUUUACAAUGGAAACAUUAAGAAAGAAAGAGGUGCAAUAGUGCUACGUCUUGCCAAGUCAUGGUUUCGUAUAGGAUCCUUAGAAAUCUUAGCUCAUUCGGGGGAACUGGAUUUACAAAGAAGAUUGCUGGACUUUAUCAUCCAGGAACAUUUUCCAUCAAUAGCUAUGAAUGAUUCAAAUAGAUAUCUGGAAUUUUUCUCUACAGUCGUAUCAGAGACUGCAAAUCUGAUUGCAUUGUGGAUGUCCGUGGGGUUUGCACAUGGUGUGUGCAAUACAGAUAACUUCAGUUUAUUGUCCAUAACAAUAGAUUAUGGUCCGUUUGGAUUUAUGGACUCCUAUGACCCAAAUUUUGUUCCAAACACAUCUGAUGAUGAAAGGAGAUAUAAAAUAGGAAAUCAGGCAAAUGUUGGGCUGUUUAAUCUGAGCAAGCUCUUACAAGCCCUAAAACCUUUAUUGGAUCCCAGGCAAAAGCAGCUAGCUUCCCAGAUUUUGGAGGGGUACGGUGAGCGCUAUUACAGCCGUUUCACAGAACUAUUCAAAGCAAAACUGGGUCUUCUUGGGGAGAAUGAGAAUGAUAACUAUUUGAUUGCUUUCCUCUUAAAAAUUAUGGAAGAUACCAAGGCUGAUUUUACAAUGACAUUUCGAGAACUGAGUGAAAUUACUGAAGACCAGUUAAGGGAGCUCCAUAUUCCUGAGGAGUUCUGGACUCUCCAGGAUCUGAGUAAACACAAAUUAUUUUCAGAAUGGGUUACUAUGUACCUCUUGAGAUUAAAACGCAACAAGGGUGAUUCAGACACCAAAAGAAGAACAAGAAUGACAACUGUUAAUCCUAGAUACAUACUUAGGAAUUGGAUGGCAGAAUCAGCAGUGCAAAAAUCUAAUUUGAAUGAUUUCUCUGAGGUCCGUCUCCUCGAGCAGGUUUUACAACAUCCCUUCCAGAGACAGGAGGCUGCAGAGCGAGCAGGCUACUCCCUGCACCCCCCAGCUUGGGCCAAGGAUCUGAAAGUAAGCUGUUCAUCCUGAGAGAAAUUUGAACAAGGAAGAAAAAUGAUUUGGGUCGAAGCUCAGGCCUUCAAAUAGGAUUAAUGGACCAAGCCACAAAACUCUUCUCCGUUAUACUUUGUGGACUGGAAUCUGCUACUUUGUUAGGCAAGACAAGGUCUUGGCCAAUUUUUGUUGAAGUCUGAAGAUGAAAGAAAUGGAUCACUUGUGUGGUUGCAUCAGCCAGUUAUAUUGGUGUUGAUAA